GACAAGGCUCCUCACGCUGAGGACAAGGUUGCUCACGCUGAGGACAAGGUUCCUGACGGUGAGGACAAGGUUCCUCACGCAGAGGACAAGAUUCCUCACGCAGCGGACAAGGUUCCUCGCGCUGAGGACAAGGUGCCUCACACUGAGGAGAAGGUACGUCACACUGAGGCAAGGUUCCUCACGCUGAGGACAAGGUUCCUGACGGUGAGGACAAGGUUCCUCAGGUGA